UUUAAUCUUAAAAAUACUAAGUUUGUGCAAGUCACAUAAACGACUUUUGAUUAAUUUUUGGAGUUAUGAGGUGUGUUACUUCGUUUGUAGUUUUCUGCAUUCUCAUGUUUUUUGUUUUGAACAUUUUUACAGUAGAAGUGAAGGCACAACGAUUGGUUCCUCUUUGUAAAACAAUUGGUUAUGAAAAUCCUGGAAAAUGUCCUGCUGACGGAAACAAGUUUUGUCGCCGCAAAUUGGAUGAUCGUUAUGUAAAAUAUAAGCGUUGCGAUUGUCAAGAUACCAAAGGGCGAAAGCAAAACCACCAUCGCUGCAUAUGUUAUAUGAAACUUCCUUGCAAUCAAUAGGUUCGGAUAAAAAUAUAUUUGCCAAAAAUAAGAGAUAAAGGACAAUAUGUAUGUCUGUCUAUUUUGAUUUGUUUCUCUUUUCAAAUAUAGUUAUUUUUGUUUUCUAAUAUAUGUUCAAAAUGUAUUAUGUUUAUGCUUCGGUCGAUCAUUUUGUUGUUCAGUUUUUCUUGUAUCAUCGGAUCUUUUACUCUUUAUGGGAUUUAUUUAACUAUGUAAGUCAUAAAACUCUAGUGAUAAACUGAUAAUUAUAUACCUUUU